CUGGGUAAUGAAUGCUAAGAGUCAAUCUCUCUAGGAAUUUAACGGAUUUGAUUGGCUAGCAAACAUUGAUUGAUUUUUCUUCGUACAUUUCCAUGUACGCCGUAUAGCAUUACAAAGAGUAAAAGCAAGUUUGGCCUCAGUUACCCUAAAUCCAGAUACAGACAGACAGACGCCCUCCCUAUCUGCCUUGAAUGGUUGAAGUUUUAAUAGCCGGCAUCCCUCCGUUUCCACUCCUCUCUUCGUCAUCAUCAGGUAUCAUCUGACAACCUUAGAGUCAACAACUCAAUUGCAUUUUUUUUCCAUCGCAAAAGCAAACACACAGUCAUGGCCUUCACAAUGCACUCGCACUCCGGGCAAUUCUGCCCGGGCCACGCAAAAGACCAGUUGGAAGACGUCAUCCUCCAUGCCAUCAGCAUAGGAUACAAGACCAUGGGUCUCAGUGAGCACAUGCCACGGACCCAACUGUGCGAUCUAUAUCCAGAAGAACUUGUGCCUGACCCGCACGCCUCCCUCGCGGAGCUGAUGCCGCGCCACGCUGCCUACAUGACCGAGGCGCGUCGGCUGCAAAAGAAGUACGCCGAUCGCAUCACCCUCCUCAUCGGCUUCGAGGGCGAGUUCAUCCGGUCCGAGUACGGGACACUGGUGCGCUCGCUGGCCGACGGCAACGGCGACCCUUCCUACUUCCAGAACGGCGACAGCAAGCUUGUCACCGACGCCGGCAAGGUCGACUAUUUCAUCGGCUCGCUGCACCACGGCGCCGGCGGCAUCCCCAUCGACUUUGACCGCGCCACCUACCUACGCUCCGUUGAGGCCGCCGGCCCCAAUGGCGAGGAGGAUCUAUUUGUGCACUACUACGACCAGCAGUUUGAGAUGCUCCAGGCCCUGAGGCCACCCAUCGUCGGCCACUUUGAUCUGAUCCGCCUGAUGAGCGAGGAGCCUGGGCGCAAUCCGAGCGCCUGGUCCCCGAACCGCGUCUGGCCGCUCAUCAAGCGGAACCUCGCGUUCGUUGCGAGCUACGGCGGCUGGCUCGAGUGCAACUCGAGUGCGCUCCGCAAGGGGCUCGCCGAACCGUACCCGUGCCGGCCCAUCGCGGAGGAAUGGGUAAGGCUGGGCGGUAAGUUCACAAUGUCUGACGACAGCCACGGCAUCGCGCAGGUUGCCACAAACUAUGUGCGAGCCCUGGACUACCUCGAGUCGCUCGGCGUGAACGAGGUCUGGACGUAUGACCGAGCUAAAGAGGGAUCAGAGCUUGUGGAGAAGGGUGUGUCGUUUACAGAGUUUCGCGGCUCCCUGAGACUCCCAACAACGGCGUCCAAGACAUCCUGAUGGGAAGUCAGCGCUCCUCCUCAUAGGACAUGAAUUUCUUCACAUUCCUGGCAUAGAACUAGACCUAAAGCUAUAGAAAGACAUGCCGCGCGUCACGAUCGACUAAUUCUUGUGCCAAUGCAAAAUGGCGAGAACAAGGUGCAAGACUCAACUUGGGGGAUUGUAGAUGAACAGCUACGUGGUGUUGCAAUGUUAUGUAUUUGUGUACCCUGAACAAUGCAUGCAUUUAGUGCUUCUGAACCCCCAAAACUUUGCUCUCAAAUGCUCAGGCACUCGUGUAUCCCUUUUCUAUUCCUGAUUGCCCCGAACUUUAUAUCAUGC